AUGGCUGCUGCUGUCAUUGCAACUUCUCCACACCAGUCAACGGGGCUGCGUUUUGCUAACUCAUUCUGGGAUCCAAGCGAUCGUGGAGUCGACGUUAUUAUCGAAAAGCUACACAAUUCCAAGCAAACUUGUGAAGAGAUCAAGAAGCUCUAUGAAAUAAGGUCACAGAUCGAAGAAGACUAUGGUGAACGCUUACUCAAGUUAUCUCAAUUGAUUGUCGGCCAAGCCGAGGAAGGAACGUUAUCCGAGUCAUUGUCGCAUAUUCCCAGUGCUUUGGAAACAACGGCUCGUGCACAUUUGGACCUCGCCCAGCAGCUCAAACAUCAGUUGGAAGCACCAUUGGAUGGUUUCUUACGCGAACAACGUGAAUCACGAAAACAGCAUCAUCAGCAGAUUGAAAAUGCUAGGCAACUAAAGAAUAUGCAUUAUACCAAUGCAAUCAAGGCCAAGGAAUUCUAUACUGCCGAAUGUACCAAAGUGGCUGGCAUGGAAAAGUAUCUACGAGAACGAGGAUCUGAAAUGACUGAGGAUGAGAUGCAUCAAAUGAAGGAGGAGAUUGAUGAAGGUCGAAAGAUGAUGAAUGCAGCGGAACAAGAAUACCGGCGUGCUGUUGAUGUCUUCAACUCUGUGACAAGCGAUUGGGUGGCAAGCUGGAGGGGAGCAUGUGACAUUUUCCAAGACAUGGAAGAGAAGCGGAUACACUACAUCCAUGGUAGCUUACGCUCAUUUUCAACCAUGAUGUCCAGCGUGUAUCUCGUGGAUGAUCAGUGCUGUGAACGUAUUCGAACAACAUUGGAGCUGACAGAUGUGCGUAAGGAUAUUGAAGAGUUUGUUACACGAUACGGUACAGGCAAUGUAAUGCCAGAUGUCAUGCAAUUUGAACCAUUCUCUUCGAUGGAUAUACAAAGUACGCCUUCUUCAUCUAUUCACCAUGGCCCUGUGCUCGAAACAAAGGAGCUACCACCUAUGCCAGAGUCUGUGAAUGACAACAAUGACCCAGCACCAACCACGGAGCAGCAGCAUGUCAAAGAACAAUCACAUGACGAUUCCCAGGGAGAUGCAAUGACCACGGCUAUGGCUGAAGUUGAAGAAAUGCUCAGUAUCCCAGAAUCUAAACCACCAGCAGAAACGAAAUCGACACAUGAAGAAGUUGUUGUUGCACCCAAGUCGACGACAAAUGAACAAUCAGCACCAACAAUCGAUGAACAGCCGAAUACAGAGUCAAAAUCAACAUCCGAUCAACCUGCUAAGGAGGCACCAGUUGCUAUGGAUACCAAUGAUAACGCUGUCAAAGAAUCCGAAUCAUCCGCAAAGGAAACGGCCGUUGCCAUGCAACCCGUGAUUAAUGAGGACCAUGCACAAUCCACAUCAGUAUCCCCUGAAGACCCACCAAUUCCUGCAACACCACCUUCGCCCGUUAAUGUGGAUUCAAAACAACGAGAGGACCAUGAGGAACAUGCAUCAGCUGUUGAGCCUGCAGUUGCUGUGGCUGCUGCUGCUGUUGCUGCUGUAACUACUACUGGAAUGGAUCUUUCAACAAACAAUGAUGCACAGCAACAUGAUUCAACAUUACAAGAUGACAAAUACAAACCAAUGCCAAAUCCCGAAUUUCAAAGUGGUUCUUCAACUUCGGAGCAAAAGCGAAUGUCACGUGUGGAUUCAGGCAAUGACAUGCAAACGAGCGUUGUGGAUCCUAAACCAGCCGAUGCUGUAGCAGCGACUACUUCAGCUGAUGCAUCCCAUCAAGAGCUGAAACCUACCACGAGAUCACUUGAUGCCACUGUUGCAGCCGCUCAUGAAACGCAACCAGCAAACGAUUCGAUUCAAGGUGUGCAUUUAUCUGAUCCAGCACCUUUAUCAGCACCAGCAAAUGAUAAAAAUGAUGAUGAUGGAUCUACAGAGAAUGAUUACUCUCUUCCCCCACCUAAAGCUGAAAAGUGGGUCAUUUCAUCGAUUCGUCGUCCUCAACAAUUGCCAGUGCGUGUACAAAAUGUGCGCAUGAGUAUGAAUGCAAGUUCACCAUCUCUCACAGCUCCUGUUGUUCCUGAACCUGAUAGCCGGACACCCACAGCUAGCACGAGCACGGGUAACAAGUUCCAUCGUCCCAAUGCUCCUUUAAAGAUUGAGAUACCCAACAAGCCCACAUCAUCACCUACCACUACACGUAACAACAUCAACACAAAUCCACAUCAACAACAACAGCAACAACAACCAUACCAACAACAACAAGCUCCACAAGCCGCAGCACAACAAGUAAUUGCAGCUGGUCGAGCACAUGCUCACCAAACACAAUCAUGGCAAUCCCCUGUCAACCCAUCACCCAGUCGACGUUUUAGUGCAAUGGAUGGUACUCGUUGGCAACAACAACCUCCUUUGGAGCCUCUUGAGCAACCUCUAUAUGAAAUUGAAGGAGAAGGACAACAACCCAGGUCUCUUACAGAUGCCCCACGACCUUCAGAGUCUGCCAGCCAUCACAAAAAGGGACAUCUUAGUUCCUUUGUUAAGGGUGUUUUGAAAUCGGACGAUAAGCAAGAUAAGCGUGCUAGUGCAUUAGCAGCACCUCUUUCGAGUACGGCUGAUAAGAAAGAAAAGCGAUUUUCAAUGAACAUCUUUGGUGGCAAAAAGGACAAACGCCAGCAUAAGCAAUUCAACGACGAUCCUCCACAACAACAACAACAACCUGUCAUUCUCGAAGAUGAAGAGGUGAUCCACAAUAGCUUGGGUUCAAGAAGCACGCCUGUUUUGUCUCGACCUGUUAGUGCUGUCCCGGUGAUGCGAUCCAUGAAUAACAACUAUCAGUCAUCACCAUCGCCACAACGUAUGAUGCAACAACCAGUACCAUCCUCAUCCACUGGAAAAGCACCUGCUGCUCCUCGACAGGACCAAUUGGAAGAUGGCUCACCUAUCAUUGAAUAUGUACGAGCCAUUUGGACCUACGAAGCCAAGAUUCCUAGUGAAAUGAGCUUUAUGGCUGGUGAUCCAUUGGCUGUGAUUACCAAACAAAUAGAUGGAUGGUGGCUCGCCGAGCUUAUGGAUCCGCAACGACGACAACGAGGUCUUAUUCCUGGCAACUACAUGGAGCCGAUCAAUUAG